CACUGUCAUUGUGGUCCGCCAGCAUUUGCGCUGGCAGCGUAGGUGGUUCAGCUGCGCCCGCUGGGUGAGGGUUCGUCGGAGGAGCCGGAGGGGGAAGCUAGCUUAAAGCCGGGAGACAUGGACGUCCUGAAGUCGGAGAUCCUCCGGAAGCGGCAGCUGGUGGAGGACCGGAACCUCUUGGUGGAAAAUAAAAAAUAUUUCAAGCGUAGUGAACUUGCAAAAAAAGAAGAGGAAGCGUAUUUUGAAAGAUGUGGCUAUAAGCCUAUAAGUGAGAAGCCAUCUGGAGAGAUACAGCCAAAAGAGGAGGACCAGAAACCAUCAACUUCAUCGAAUCCAGUAUUAGAACUUGAACUGGCAGAGGAAAAGUUACCCAUGACUCUUUCUAGGCAAGAGGUUAUCAGAAGGCUGAGAGAAAGAGGAGAACCAAUCAGACUGUUUGGAGAAACUGAUUAUGAUGCUUUUCAACGUUUAAGAAAAAUAGAGAUCCUCACACCAGAAGUUAACAAGGGAUUGAGAAAUGAUCUGAAAGCAGCGUUGGAUAAGAUUGAUCAGCAAUACCUCAAUGAACUUGUGGGUGGUCAGGAACCUGGAGAGGAGGACACACAGAAUGAUUUGAAAGUUCAUGAAGAAAACACCACAAUAGAAGAGUUAGAGGCUUUGGGAGAAUCUUUAGGAAAAGGUGAUGAUCACAAAGACAUGGACAUCAUUACCAAAUUCCUUAAGUUCCUUCUUGGUGUUUGGGCUAAAGAACUGAAUGCCAGAGAAGACUACGUGAAGCGCAGUGUGCAGGGUAAACUGAACAGUGCUACACAGAAACAGACCGAGUCUUAUCUCAGACCCCUUUUCAGAAAGCUACGGAAAAGGAAUCUUCCUGCUGAUAUUAAAGAAUCCAUAACAGAUAUUAUUAAAUUCAUGUUGCAGAGAGAAUAUGUGAAGGCUAAUGAUGCUUAUCUUCAGAUGGCCAUUGGAAAUGCCCCUUGGCCCAUUGGUGUCACUAUGGUUGGUAUUCAUGCCAGAACUGGUAGGGAAAAGAUUUUCUCCAAGCAUGUUGCACAUGUUUUAAAUGAUGAAACACAGAGGAAAUAUAUUCAGGGAUUGAAGAGGUUAAUGACCAUUUGCCAGAAGCACUUUCCUACAGAUCCCUCAAAAUGCGUGGAGUACAAUGCACUCUGAGACCUGUGCAUGGUAUGUGGAUACAGUGAGAAACUCCAGGGAGCACGGUGCAGACUUCUGGAACUUCUAGCAGGAACCAGGGAAGAAGACAAAUGGAUUUUCUAGACCCUGGCUUCUACCCAGUGCAGCUCUUGGUUUUAGGAAGUGUCUUGGCGCUCAUGUCACAUCUGACUGCAGACUGACUUCUGUGUGGCUGAUGUAUUAAAUAGUUGAAAAACUAAGUUCAGAAAGACUCUCCCUAGUUUAAAUGUGCAGACAGCAGUCACAGAAGGGGUUUAAAAUGACUCUUUCCCUCAAGACCUGGGAGUUGCAGUUUGAUGAGAAAGGUCAUUUGAGGGUGGACUUGGUUGUUUCUGUAAAAUAUGGUGCUUUUCCUACUGUCCUAUAUGUCAUAUUUUCAGAAAGUAUUUUUAUAUGUCUGCACAGAAAUAUGGAACCAUUUAGUAAAACUUUAUAGUCCUUAAAUGUUGCUGAACAUUUGCCAUCCUGAUAGAGAAUUCAAAUGUAAAUGGUACAGUUGACUCAAAUGUUAUUUUUCUUGCAUUACAAAACUUGCUUUUAUUGUCUAAGGAGUAGAAAGUUUUGUCUUUGUUAUCUCUUGGAACAGAGGACUGACAGGAAAUACGAGUCUGAGAAACAAAGAUGGUAUGUUAUAGCAACAGAAGUUCAAAUUCAGUGGUCUCAGUACAUGCAGGUCCAAGGGGGGAAGUGGGGUGUCAAGCCAGCCAAGAAUGGGGGCAUUAUGAUGCUGCUGGUCCUUCCUGCACUGGGACUGCCUGCAAGUUCCGUCCUCGUCAGACCUGUGGGGGACCGCUGUUCCCAGCUCCCUCCCUCCAGGCAGAAGAGAGGUGCCUCACUCUCGUCACUGCCCAACACAGUAGGCCCUGGGUCUGAUUUCCACAAAGCAGGACUUCUGUGUCUUGUGUGUCACACCUGGGGAAUUGUGAUCGAUCACUGUGCUUUCGGAGCUGAGAGGACUCGGUUGGUAGAGGGAAGUGGGUAGACAGAGUGUUUGUCACCUGUCCACGUACCAGGGGUGGCACUGGAUGGUGGUGAGAGCGGGACUCUGUCUGAAGUCAGGACCUCCAGCCUCAAACGGUAGCUCUCCACCUCCUGACCAUAUGACCAUGGCUAACUUAAUCUUUCUGAGCCUCAGUUUCUUUGUCUGCAAAUAGUAGCAAUCACAUGCUGCAAGAAUUUUUAAAACGUGUAUACCUGAGUAUUUAGGCAGGGGUCAUGACCUCGUUUCCUUUAGGUUGUCAUAUUUAAAAAUGACAACAGCCAACAAAGUAGCCAUCUG